AUGGAUAAGAGUGGAAGAUGUGGGCUUCUCAGGAGGCAUAUGGAUCCUUUGGAAGGAGUUCCUUGGUUAACAGCAGGAGAUUUCAACUCCGUCACUUGUAAAGAGGAAGUAAGCAAUACUGAAAACUUUUCAGCAGCUAGAUGCGUUGGCUUUAAUGAUUGGAUAUUCAGAGAAGGAUUAUUGGAUUUGGGAUACACUGGAACUCAAUUUACUUGGAUGAGAGGCCUUAAUACAUCAACCUUCAAAGGUGCUCGUUUCGAUCGCGCCCUCAGCAACGUGGAAUGGAGAAUAAGAUUUCUGGAAGCUACGGUGGAACACCUCCCCAUAAUAAACUCGGACCAUGCUUCCCUACUCAUCAUAACAACAUCCCCAUCUAAUGCAGGCAGAAGUAAAAACUUUCGGUUUAAUGUGGCAUGGUCAACCCAUCCAAACUUCCCAAAGGUGGUACAACAGAGCUGGGACAAAGAACUGGAAUUAAGAAGCAACAUAACCAAUCUGGCAGAGGAGGAAUUAAUUUGGUUCCAGCGAUCGAGGGAGGACUGGAUCGUAUCUGGUGACCGGAAUACCCGUUAUUACCAUGCAGCGACGUCGGCCAAAAACAACCAUUCCAAAAUUAGUAGAUUGAAAGACGAGGAAGGACACUGGAUUGUGGACGAUCACCACCUAGCAGAACAUGUGCGCAACUAUUUCAUCAGUAUCUUCUCAGAGGAAAACCAAUCCAAUAGGCAGUGCCUCCAAUACGGCCAUUUUCCCCCAUUACCAGAUUCGGACUGGAACAUUAUAAAUGCCCCUAUCAAUAUGGAAGAAGUCAGAAAUGCAUUAUUUGACAUGGCACCUUGUAAAGCACCAAGUCCGGAUGGCUUUAGUGCGUGUUUCUUUCAAAAAACAUGGAAUAUAGUAGGUAUGUGCCUGUUCAAGUUCGUCAAGAACUUCUUUGAAACAGGGCGUUUUCCUGAGGGCUGCAAUGAUACUCUUAUUUCCCUUAUACCCAAAGUGUCCAAUCUGGAAUCAGUGAAACAACUUCGCCCGAUCGGUCUCUGCAAUGUCAUCUACAAACUCACAACAAAGGUGAUGGCGAACAGGCUUAGAGCUGCUUCUUCAAAACUAAUUGGAAUGCAUCAGGCUAGCUUCGUUCCGGGUAGAUUAAUUUCAGACAACAUUCUCGUCUACCAAGAAGUCCUACACUCAAUGAAAUCCAAGAAAGGAUCGACGGGUUGGAUGGUUGUAAAGGUAGACUUAGAAAAAGCCUAUGACAGGCUCUCAUGGAAUUUCAUUGAUGAUACUCUGAAGGAUAUUGGUUUCAAUCACAAAUGGAGGAGUAAUGUCAGAGAAUGCAUCUCAUCAUCAAGACUUGCAGUGCUAUGGAAUGGCCAAAUGACGGAAUGGUUUAAACCAGGACGGGGAAUCAGACAGGGAGACCCGAUUUCCCCCUUGCUAUUUGUUUUAUGCAUUGAGAGACUAAGUCAUAUUAUCCUUAACUCUGUGAAUGUUGAUGACUUGGUGUUGUUCGGGGAGGCGACUGAGGAACAAAGCUUAGAAAUGAGGACGUGCCUUGACUUGUUCUGCUCAAGCUCUGGACAACGGAUUAGUUUCCAAAAAUCAUCCGUCUUCUUUUCAAGGAACACACCCCAGAACAUGCAGCAACAAAUUGUUAAUAUACUGGGAGUUCAAAAAGUGACAGACCUGGGCUGGAGAUCGAAGACUCUAUCCUUCGCAAGUAGACAUGUCUUAGCCCAAUCGGUGUUGUCGGCCAUCCCAUACUUCACUAUGCAGACAACACUGCUCCCACUUGGAGUUAUCGCGUCCAUUGAGAAGAUUGUCAGGGAUUUCCUUUGGGGAAGCAAAGUGGGAGAAAGGAAAUUCCACCUCAUUAAAUGGGAUACCAUCACGAAAGCUAAGCCGCAUGGUGGCCUUGGCAUCCGAAAACUCGAGCACAUGAACCUGGCAUUUUUAGCCAAGUUAGGGUGGAGAUUGAUGAAAAAUGAAAAUUGCUUAUGGGUGCAGCUGCUCAAACAUAAAUACUCGGUCGACCCUUCUGACUGUACUACAUGGAAGUCCAGAUCCUCUAUGUCUAAUGCCUGGAAAAGCAUCAUCAAAUAUGUUCCUAUACUUAGAAAUAGUGCAAGAAAGCAAGAAUGUAGCAAGCUAUUGGGCUCCCAACGAAGGCUGGAGAUGGAACCUCCUCAAUCAUCUGUUUCCAGAGUAGCAGCUGUUAUUUUGCUUGAUGAACCGGAGCUAAAGAACAUAGUCGGAUGGUCUAAAGAAAAUUCAGGGGAAUUCACUGUUAGUUCAGCCUAUAGCAUAUCUACGGGAGAAGUUGGGGCAAUUGCUCCUGCGAAAUGGAAUAGUGUGUGGAAGUUCAAGGUCCCGAAUCAUGUUCGGACGUUCCUCUGGCAAGUCUCCCAUGAUAGAAUUAUGACCAACUCCAACAGGAGGAGUCGCGGCCUGACCACAGAUGACAGAUGUUGGCUCUGCACUGAUAUGGUGGAAGACACCGCGCAUGUUCUACGUAACUGCCCAGCAGUUAGAGAAGUUUGGGAUGCAAUCUUUCCGCAGUCGCAAACCAGAAGCAGAAUGAUUCCUUUUGAACAAUGGAUAGCAGAAGGAAUUUCUAACAAAGAUCAGACCAAAGAAAUCAAUAGAGCCUUCUCCCGUGGUAAAGGAAUGCACAGCCCAGACGAUCCGUUAUCUUGGAGACAACUAAGCUGGAGCAAGCCUCACGAAGGCUUUGUUAAAAUAAACACGGACGGGUCUGUUGACCAGUGUUCAAUGAGAGUAGCCGUAGGAGGAUUGAUUCGAGAUGAUAGCGGCAACUGGAGGCAAGGAUUCGUUUAUAAUAUAGGAAACUGCUCACAGUUGGAAGCGGAGGCUUGGGCUCUCCUAAAAGGAAUACAACUUGCGGCAUUCAUGGGUUUCAAGAAGGUAAUAUUUGAAUGUGAUGCAAAAGAGCCAGUAGACUAUAUGCAUGGCAGUUCACCACCCUCGUCUGUAGCUCAUAACAUUUUGGAGGCUUGCCGCAGAGAGCUCCGCAACUUCGAAGUUUGGCAGGUUACUCCUAUUGCAAGAGAGCAAAAUCGAUGCGCAGAUGCUUUGGCCAAAAUGUCCAACCGAUUUCCAAGAGGGAUGCAUAUCUUUCAAUCUCCACCAGAUGAGUUAACUGGGAUAGAUGUUAGAUUACGAUAUAUUAGGAUUACCAAGUUGGCGUAA